UCCCUGCUGCAAGAUCUUGCAAGCAUUUCUAUAGCGUGGAUACACCGCUUUAUACCGACAAACAAAGGACUCGUUAUAUUCCCUCGAAAAUUCUAGCCAUUCUGUCUCAUUUAGAAAAUAAAAUUUUCAGUCGAUACAAAAAUUUGCGUUUCAGUAAUUACUUACGUGAAUAAAUUGAAAAAUCGGUGUGUUAAAUAAGUAGUUAUUAACCGUUCAGCAAUAAAUUAGUAUUUAAUUGUUUUUUGUAUUUAGUUUUGCGGUUUUUGAUAAAUAAAAAAAAAUGCCAGGAGAAACGAGCCACGCAAGCCGUUUGGCAAAAUUCAAAAACAACAUGAAGUCUGAUGAUGCACGCAGACGUCGUAAUGAAGUAUCAGUAGAAUUGAGAAAAGCAAAACGUGACGAGCAAAUUUUAAAACGUCGUAAUCUUGAAAUUAAUACGGAAGAUUUAAAUAAAUCUGAUAACGAGCCGUCUUCACCACCAAUAAUGCCAAUUGAUGACAUUAUCAGUGGCAUGAAUUGCAGUGAUGAGACAAUUCAAUUACAAGCGACGCAAGCAUGCAGAAAAAUGUUGAGUCGUGAAAAACAUCCACCGAUUGAUUCAAUGAUUCAUAAAGGUAUUGUGCCACGUUGCAUACAAUUUUUAGAUAAUCAUUGGAAUCCAGCAUUACAAUUUGAAUCAUCAUGGGCAUUAACUAACGUUGCAUCUGGUACUAGUGAACAAACAAUGAUUGUUGUUAACAGUGGUGCAAUACCAAAAUUUAUCGAAUUAUUGAAAUCACCAGCAUCAAAUGUUGCCGAACAAGCAGUAUGGGCACUUGGUAAUAUAGCUGGUGAUGGUCCACAAACACGUGAUUGUGUACUUGAGAAUGGUGCAUUGCCAUUAUUGAUUAAUCUUAUAAAACCAGAAGCACCACUAUCAUUUAAACGUAAUAUCAUAUGGACAAUAUCAAAUUUAUGCAGAAAUAAAAAUCCACCACCAUCAUUUGAAUCAGUCAAAAUUGCAUUACCAUGUUUAACACGUUUACUCGACGCUGAUGAUAAUGAUAUGUUGGCUGAUACGUGCUGGGCGUUAUCGUAUUUAAGUGAUGGUACCAAUGAUAAAAUACAAACGAUUGUCGAUGCUGGCGUUGUACCAAAACUUGUUCAUUUAUUAAGAUCACAAGAAUAUUUGGUUUUAACACCAGCCCUGAGAACAGUUGGUAAUAUUGUUACUGGUAAUGAUACUCAAACUGAUGCAAUAAUACAAGCUGGUGGUUUAGAUGCAUUACGAGGUCUAUUAGUCAAUGGUCGUUCAAAUAUUGUCAAAGAAGCAGCAUGGACAAUCAGUAAUAUAACUGCUGGAAAUCCACAACAAAUACAAAAAGUAAUUGAUGCACAAAUAUUAUCACCACUUGUUAAUGUAUUAAAAAAUGGUGAUUUUAAAUCACAAAAAGAAUCAGCAUGGGCUGUUACUAAUUUGACAUCUGGUGGUGAUGUACCACAACUUGUUGCAUUAAUACAAGCUGGCGUUUUGGAACCAUAUUGUAACUUAUUGGAUACAAAUGAUGGUAAAACUAUAUCAGUUGUACUCGAUGGUAUUGUUAAUAUCUUGACUGCUGCUGAUAAAAUGGGUGAACUUGAACGGGUUGCUGUUGCUAUUGAAGAAUGUGGUGGGCUUGAUAAACUGGAAGCACUUCAACAUCAUGAAAAUGAAAAAAUUUAUCAAAAAGCCGUUGGUAUUAUUGAUAAAUUUUUUUCCGAAGGAGAUGACAUAAAUAAUCACCUUGUACCAACAGCUGUCGAUGGACAACUUGAGUUUCAAGCUACAGAUCAGCAAGGAGGUUUCCAAUUUUAACAUUGAUAUUUUCCAUAAAAGAGAUCAUAAAUGUAAUCUUUAAAUCAGCCUUUGCGUAUCAAUCAUCAAGUUUGAUUUUUAUCAUGCAUACAUAAUAUUGUUAUUGAAUCGUUUGAAAAAAAAUAUGUUACCAAUUUUUUUAGUUAGUUUUUUUUACGAUUUUUAUUACUAUAAUUAUUCUUUUACGCCAAACCUUCAAUUUGCAUACAACGGUUCAAUUUUUUUUUCUUUUUUUUUUUUUUUGAAAAUAUGUGAUUCUGCAAGUUCAAUACAUAUUUAAUUAUUUUGUUUCAUAACAAUUUCUAUAUGCUCUUUGUUUAAUAUUUUUUUCACUAUGUAUUAAUUUGUAAUAAACUUUUGAUACCCAAGAGGUUUUCUCCACUUAUUCAUUGAGAGUACAUGACUAGAAAUAUUAAACACUUAAACAGAAAUGUGUCAAUUUAAAAAAUCCUGUAUUGAUAUCGUUUUCGAAGAAUUGAAUUUUUGAUAUGAUUUUUUUUUCAUAAUCUUAUUUUUUGAAUAAAAUAAUUAUAUCUACACUGUCAAUUUUUUUUCCCAUGGAUUUUCUGAGAUAAUAAAUGUCGAAAACUAUUA